GCUGGACAAGACCUACGACUUCCUAUCGCCUGGUUCGGCCACCCGCCCCCGGUAGCCACUUGGUUAUUUGAUAAUAACGACAUCACAACACAGCUCGGAAGCCAGGCGAUUACAACUACAGAACCUGGUCCACCCCCCUUGGUUAAAGGGAGUGGCAACGGAUUGGAGCAGGCUCCAUGUGGGACCUCUGUAUUGACUGUCUCCAAAGUACGCCGAAAAAACACUGGACGCUAUACGGUUCAACUGAAAAAUCAGUUGGGACAGAUUUCAUCAAGUUGCAAUGUCCAAGUUCUUGGUGAGCCAGUUGUAAAGGAUUAUAUUAUAUUUCCUGUUCAAUUCUUCCUAACUUAUCUGUUUAGAGAACUGAUCAAGAUGUAG